AUGGCAGUUGAUAUUUUUAGGAGUUUUGAUUACCUAAGAGGUUUAGGCAUGGGGGGUAAAAUUACUGGUUUUAUUUUUUUCUGGGGAAGUAGGGUUCUUUUAUUACUAUUUCAUUUUGGACAAUUUUCAGGGGUUAAACUAAAUCGAGGGGAAGUUGGAGCUCUUUGAGUAGCUGAAAUGGUAUUUUCAUAUGUAUAUAAGAGAAAAGAGAGAAGUAAUGUUUUGCGUUUUCCAGGGGCAGUUGGGGUAUUAACUAGGAUGUUUUUAUGUCUUUUGUGGUUUAAUGUUCUCGGAUUAAUUCCUGGAAUUUAUGCUAUCACUCGUGAUUUUUAUGUGGGAAUAGUAUUUUCUUUUACUAUAUGAUCUACUGGAGUGAUAAUGUUUUGGUCCCCUUUUUGAGUAAAUUUAGUUUGUCAUUUAAUUAUUCCUGUUGACAGAAGAUUAUUACGGUGGUUACUUACGGUAGCGGAAUCUGUAAGACUGGUAGCUCGUGCUUUUACUUUAGUGUUACGAUUAGGGUUUAACAUUAUUGCGGGGGAGGUGGUUUUUUUUGGGCUAAGAAGAAAAUUACAUGUAUGUCUUCAAAGGGGUAUACCUUUAAAGGGGUUGUUCUUCAUGUUGUUUCUUAUAUUUUUUACUGUGUGAGAAUUGUUUAUUGGUUUAUUUCAAGCUUUUUUAUUUGUGUUUUUAAAUGUUUUAUAUGUUGAAGAAAUUCCUUUUAGGGGUUAA